AUGAGCGGAAAGAUCGUCUUCUUCGAGGGGAGAAACUUCCAGGGCCGCUCGUACGAGUGCGCCGACGACUGCUCCGAAAUCGCCUCUCACCUGAGCCGAUGCAGCUCCUGCAGGGUGGAGAGCGGGACGUUCAUGGUCUACGAGCAGCCCAACUACACGGGCCAGCAGCACCUCCUGACCCGGGGGGAGUACCCCGAGUACCAGAACACCAUCGGCUUCAACGACUGCGUUCAGUCCUGUCGCAUUGUCCCCGUGCACCAGGGGCCCUUUAAGAUGAGGAUCUACGAGAGGGCGGACUUCGAAGGGCAGACGCAGGACCUGACGGACGACUGCGACUCCAUCCAGGACCGCCAUCACAUGGCCGACGUGCAGUCCUGCAACGUGACGGAGGGCCACUGGUUGAUGUUCGAGCAGCCGAACUACGAGGGCCGGAUGUUUUAUCUGAAGCCCGGGAAGUACAGGAACCUGAGAGAGAUGAGCAACGACGACACGAGGUUCAAUUCCAUCCGACGCAUCACGGAAUCUUAA